GACUAGAGGUUUAACAUUACGCACACAUAAUUCGUUACACGCUGAUCACUACACAAAUGAAUACAACUUUGUUAACACACAACCUAUUGGUUCUCAAUCCAUACCAACUGAUAGAAAAUCAACCAAAACAUGUUUACGCCCAUCUUCUUCAGUUACAGAAGAUUUUCUUCCAAUUCGAACUCAAGGUGGAGAUCAUACAAAAAUGACUCAAGAACCUAUUGUUGUACGACGUCGAAGAUUCAGUAACGAACCCGGUGCAUCUUCUAGUCAUAUUGCCAAGAUCGAUUCGGUUUAUUUUGAUGCAGAGGAUACUAGUUCCAAUGUGCCUUUCUCAAAGAAUAUUUUAGCUAAUAAUAACAUGACGAACAGCAUAAAUACAAAGUCGGAUUUAAAUAAUCGACAGUCCAACAGUCGAAUUUCCGAUGAAUGCAGUGAUGAUUGGGGUGAUCCAUGUGGUAGUCUGGAUGUUGAUGACGACCUGUAUCAUGAUGCUGAUGAAUUGAAUAAUAUCGAAAGUGAUAAUACAGAUUCACUAUACACAUCACAUACGAUGCAAACUGGUGAAACUAAUGUAGAUCAUACGAGGUCGUCUACUAUUAGACCACCAACACCUCCACCACGUCAAAUGCACAUUCUUCAUGAUGAAAAAAACCUUGAGUUUCAUCCUUCUGUCGAACAGGUUUUAGAUAAAAGAAAAAUUCUACUAAACCUAUAAAUACUCAAGAAGAAGAACCAAAGCUUCAGUUAGAAUUAGAUCUUCAAAUUCAUAUUGAUUCUGGUUGUUGUGUUCUUCAUCCUCGGCUUCCUUCAAAAUUUAUGCCUGAUGAUAAUAGUGGUAAACAUGUAUCAACCUCUGUCUUUCAUACAGGAAUAGGAAUAAAUCCAUUCAAUAUUUCAAAUACUAUGAAAGUCCUAUCUCCAGAAACUCAUAGUCAAACUCCUUGUGCAUUUUCACCAACUCACAUUGAAUCUGGUUAUAGGUUAUCUUACAGUGAUUUACUUCCUGGAUAUUUGGAGCGUUAUAGGCAUCAACUGUUACAAGAUUUUCAAAUAGUCCCUAAUGAUAUCAGUAUAUUUUAUUUGCCUGCCGUGGACGUUAGUCUUCAUUAUAAUUCUAUGACUGAAUUAGACUUUCUGCCCGGAUGCAAUACAGUUAUACCUGGUUCAUAUAGUGACCCUCCUGUUAACUCAAAAAUGUUCUCUCCAAAUGUUUUUUCAUCAAAAUCAACUACUCAGUCUAGAACUGGACAAAAUACAGGGAAUAAAGACGAUUCUAUUCCUCGAAGUAUAAGAAAACAAGCUGAUUUAUAUAUUUCCUGUUUCUUACAAAAAUUACCAAAUGAAUUAAUUGUUCAGCCGGCAUUACUUGAUUUUCUUGAACAAGCUAUCGAAAAUUUGCCACUUAUAUCUGACUGGAAUUCAGAAGUUGAUUCCGUUUCAUCCGAUUCUGGUAAUGAAAUAUUCUUCGAAAAAUUCCCUGUACACGCUAUUGUUCAUCUUCAUAUUCAACCGUUUACCAUACGAUUUCUUUGUUUGCCAACUUCCCGAAUGCAAUGCUUAAUGGUUUUACCAUUUUUGGACGCUGUCUUUUCAACUAAACGUGAUGAUCCUGACUCAGUUAUAAAUAGAACUGAAUAUAGUGUACCACGUAAAUUAUCCGAUCUUACUUCACUUCAAUCUGAUAAUCAGUUGGAUAAUACAAGUGUAACAUUGAAACAGAAACCAGUAGUCGGUGAUGUAGUUUCAGCUGGUGGACUUUCUAUUACUGCCAUCUUAAAAGAGUUUCGCAUAUCAAUAUUUCAUCCUUAUGGUGAAUCAUCUUCCAUAAGAUCAGGAAGCAGUUCAUGGGGAGAUGCUAGACCAUGUGAUUCUCUUACAAUACUCGUGAAAGAUAUACAAUGUCAUCUUUCACGCACAGUAGAAGCAAAAGUUGUGCAAGUGAAUCCGAAUACAAUUGUAAAUGAGUCUAAUUCUAUUAGUGUACCACCAGAAUCUAACAAAAAACCUUUCAGUUCAACAAUUCAUAGUGCUAGAGAAACAAUGGUCUCUGUGCAAUUGGUUGAUAAUUUUGGAUUACAUCGAAAUUUAUGUAUUUCAGGUAUUUUUGAUAUUGGUAUAGCUGAAUUCACUUGUGAUACUCGUCGAACAUUAGAAAUUUUAGAUAUUUAUAAUUCAUGGUAUCGUAGUAGUCUGGCUCGUCGUUUAUUUCUAGGCAAUGAUGAAUUAAUUGAAACAGUUAAUAUCACCACUCAGUCUUAUGAUCAAGAUGAAACAAUGAAAGCCACCAAGACACAAAAUGAACAAUCAGAUACAAAGUUGGAAAGUGCAUUAUCCAAUGAUAAUUUAGAUACAAACCAGGAAAAUUCAGGAAGUUUAGAACUGCCUCUACAAAGUGGAAUAAUAAACCUUACUACAGAAACCCAACAACCAUUAGAUAAGAAUAAAAAAAAUUUAACAUCAAAAACAACCUUCUUGAGAGAAAAUCUGAGUCAUAAAAAGUCAGAUGCAACACGUGCUACAACAAUCGGUCCAUGCGUAUCGACAAAUGAUAAAAGUGAUGAAGAGCCUAAAGCGCCUACAGUUAGUACAUCACCAGAUCCAACGUCAAAAUUAACUACACUUGUAGGUGAACGUGGAGCUAGUGGAAGUCGUAAUACUAGUUUACGAGUAGCUUCAUGGAAUGCAUUAACAAUUUUCUGUGUACACUUGAAAAAAUUUGAUUUAAAUUUAUACAUGGGUAGCGCUAUGGGUUUAACACGACUUAUUGUAGACCAGUCAUUUUGCGAAGGUCACAUCUCUGUGAAUUCAUCAGGCCGUAAAAACACUUUAUUAACUGCUGGCUUGGCCAAUAGUCAAUUUAUUAGUGAAGGUGGUGGAGUAGGCGGUGAAUUUGGCCUAGUUGAUCUGGCGACUCAACUUCGUAUAGACAAUGAUCCUUCACACGAUCCUCAACAUUGUUUGGCAGCAAAGGUUGGUGGUUUUCAAAUACGUAUAGAAUAUAUGAACACAAAUAUUCUAUUAUUCAGAGUAAACUCUCUAGACCUAACACUUUAUGAUGAAUGGUGUUUAAAAGAUGUCAUUCAACAAUUGUUGAAUUCAACUAAGCAUUCUAAAUUAAACACUUCCACAAAACAAGAUCAAUAUUCGUCUUUAACGAUCAACAGUGAAACAAAUGAUGUUCUUGGCUCAUUACCGGUAUUUAUUCGAAUUGUUGGGGAAAUUAAUUGGGAUCAAGCGCAGGCAGCGAUUGUUCGUAGCACUACUCCAGAUCUUAUAAGAUCUAUUCAUAAAGUUCGUGAUUAUUUUCAAGAACAAGUUCGAGAAGGUCGUUUAUCAUUGAUUGGACAAGUUGGUCGUUUUGGUAUGUUUUCAAUGAGUGCUGGACAACGCCGUCCUUCAAAUCAUAAAGGAAGUAUUUGUUCAUCACGUUUAUGUAAAGAUAAAUCUGUUAAUAUUGCUGAUCAAGAAAUUGAUCAGCUUUUGCAACGUCAUUGGCAAAAAAUAAUGUAUCAGGCCCUCAGAUUACUUUUACAAGAACGGUUAAAAGUUUCUAGUAUGAAAGGAAAAUCAUCGUCUAUUGAAACACAAUCUUAUUUAUACAACAAUCCAGUGCUUAGUGGUUCAUUUCAAUUAUCAGGAAAUUCAUUGGGAAUGGCUUGUUUUGCUGGUAGUUUCCGAUCAGCUCCUGACUGGGCUGUAUUCAAUAUCCAACAUCCAACAGUCAGCUUUGAAACUGAGGCUCAACGAGAAAUUCCUAUAUCGAGUGAAGAAAUAAUUGUUGAUGGAAGUGAACGGGAUGGAUGGAUAAAUGUACGACAAGUUUUAAGUUUUGAGUUAGGCUCACCCCCAGAAUUUCAACCUCAAAUGGCCUAUGUCCUUCGUGUUAGACGCGGAAAAUCACAGAAUUUACGGGAUUUACCAUUGGCAACUAUUGAAGAGUGGUUUGAAUUUUGUUUUCGUGGUGCAGAUAAUACAGUUUUCAACUUCGCUCGACAUAGUAAUCCAUCAGGUCUCAAUUCUAUAAUAAAAUUGGCACAAUUCCCAAUAUGUUUUACACGUAUUAGUAGCCAAGACACGUCGUUGCCUGUAUUUAAUGUACUGAAUUCUUCAAAACCCUCACGUGAUAUGCUUGUUCCGGUCAAUGAAGAUGAUGGUAACUCCGCAGAUCCCGGUGAUACUAAUCGUUCUACUAAUAAAACCAGUGAAACAUCAACUAUCAACAAAGUUAUAUCAAAAGAAGAACGACCUAGUGUAUCUGUUCGUUCCAAUCCAUUAAAGCCACCAAAUGAAGGUGAAUUAUUGUUUAUUCUACCUUCUCUUGCCUUACGUAUCACUACUGAUCAACGUCAAACAAUGUCUCAACCUACUUUAUCCAGUCUUCCAGUUGUUAUAUCGGGAUUUUCAGCUAGUAAGGAAUCUACUCUUGACAAUAAUGUCGCGUCUAAAGAUGCAGACCAGAAAAAGUCACCGGGACGAUUUUCUAAAGGCCAAUCUUUACUACGAACCAAGCCAUUUUCUAAGAAAGACAAUUCAGGAGAAUUAAGCAUGACCUGUCCCAAUUCUGCACCAUUCGUAAAAGUCAGUUUUCAAACUGAUUUUCAUGGGUUCAUUCAACUUGGACUGAUUGAUGUACCUUGGCUGCCAAGUCUUAUAAGUUCAUACUUGGAUGAACGAUUAAAUGACUAUGAACUUUCAAGCGGAGCAAUCUGGAAUGUGGGUGAUACCAGUCAAGGUCUUGUGAGUCAUUCAUCAAUGACAAAUGUUAUAUCUGAAGACGUUAUUGGUCGACUUCGUGCUCUCUCAACAACUAGCUCACCUAUGGUACAAGAUGCUCGUGUUUAUGACAUAAUACACUGGUCAUUAAGUCCCGAAUGUCGUUGGCUUUUAGCCACAAACAUUGGAGUUCCAGCAUUUGAUCGUCUUUUAGAAAGUAUUGGCUUCCGCAAGGCACGUAUUACUAUUCCCAAAUGGCUUCAGAGAGGUGUCAUGGAUCAUUUGGACAAAAUUGCUUCUAUUCUCUUAAGAGGUAGCUUAGAACUAAGUAUGGAUAAAGACAACCUAAUUAAAUGAAAAUCCUAAUUAUGAUGCUAAAAAUACCACGUGUAAAGUAGUAGUCACUGUUGUAUUAGCGACAAUUAGUUUUCUCUACAAAUCGCUUUUUUGGCAUCCUAGUAAACAUUUCCAUUUAUUUGAUUGACACUGGACAAACUGCAGAUUAAGUGGACAACAAAACAUACUUUUUGUGUUUCUUUACAGAUGCAAAUUAAUGCCUAAAACAGACUUGUACAAAUAUUUCCUGUAAUAUCCAAAAGAUUUUCUGAUUAAAACUGCUUGGGAUUUUCAUGUUUUCGUGUUGCUACAGUUGCCAUUUAUUAAUAAUGACAUUAAAGCGAUUUGAGUUAUUCUU